GCACAACAUUGAAACUAAUGAACCUGCAACAUGUGACAGAGUCGAGAAAACAGGAUUUAAAACCUUCACACUCAACUUACAUUUCAACCACUUCAGCAGCUGCCGUACGUUAAGGUUCUUUGAUUUCCAUAAUGUUGGUUCCUGUUUUGCUCCUCCUUCUGCGUGCAUCAGGGGGUUCCACUUCUAUCUCAUGUUAUGAUGAUCAGGGCAAACCUGUUGACUGGUUUUACCUCUACAAACUCCCACACCUCCAUCAUGAGCCUGUAGAGGAGGGCCUGAAGUACCUGUUCAUGGAUGGAGAGAGUGAGGGAUGGAUGAAUGGCCAGACUUUAGUUAAUGACAGUCAAAGUGCUGUUGGGAAAACAGUAGGGCCUUUAUAUGAGGGUGGUGAUGUUGGAUACAUCUUAUAUAAUGACCAACCACCAGAACAGAGGAGCUUAGGAGAUGUAAGCAGGACUUGUGGCCACACCAAAGGUGUUGUUGUGUUUGAUAAGCAACAGGGCUUCUGGUUGGUCCACAGCACGCCUCAUUUCCCCCCUCCCAAAACGGAGGGGCAGUUUUCUUACCCCAGUUCUGGUAUAGCUAAUGGACAGAACUUUAUCUGUGUCACUUAUCCUUUGGAGCGAUUCCAGACCAUAGGUGAACAGUUGAAAAUCAAUCAGCCUCACAUCUACGACUGCAGCAUCCCUGAUUCUUUAGCUGCUGAUGUGCCUGCUAUGAGACAGAUCUGUAAACACAAACUGGGCAGAUGGGAAAAUGCUUCCUCCUCUCCAGCCAAUCGCAGCAUCUCACUCACCUCACUGGCUGGAACGGAAUUCAUUAACUUUGCAAAGGGUGCAGAUUUUGCCAAUGGCUUGUAUCAUUCCUGGGUGGCACCCACACUGCAGUCCGACCUGUUGGUGCAGUUCUGGCGUCGCUCAACGGGCGUCCUGCCCUCGGACUGUUCUCCAAACUGGAAAGUCUUGAAUGUAGAUCUCAUUUCUCUGGGCCAGAGCAUCACCUUCAAGGCCACACAGGACCACUCGAAGUGGGCCAUCAGUACUGGUGGCAGCUAUGCAGGAAGUAGGACAUCUGGCAUGUGGGUCUGCGUAGGAGAUAUCAACCGUGACGAGGCGGAGGAGAAAAGAGGUGGAGGUACGGUGUGUCAUCAGCAUGCUAUAGUGUGGAAGGCCUAUCGCUCUGCUGCACUGCAGUGCGAAACCUGCAGCGGAGAAGUGCAGGCAUGUGAUAAAGCCAUGCAGUAACGCUAGUGAACACAUCAAAACCAAAUUAAUACAGAAAGACAUAGGUGUACAUGUCAAACGGGUAUGAUUUUGAUUUGUCAUUAUUUACUCAUCCUCAUGUUUUUCCAAAUUCACAAAAUGUCUGCAUUUGUGUUGCAUGUAGGAUAAAGUCAUACAGGUUUGGAAAAACAUGAGGAUGAGUGAAUAAUAUCAAUUAAAAUUUUGGGGUGAAAUAUCCCUUUUAAAAUAUCUAUUUUAAUAUGUCUAUUUGGAGCGUCCAGUUUUUCACAUUGUUUUAUUGAAAUCAUUUGAUGACGGUUUUUCAGAUAAAAAUGCUUUGGACUGUAAGUGCAAUACUGUAAAUGUAUGAUUAAAAACUUGAAUCAUCUCAAGCUGAACCUUCUCUAAAAUAUGAUUUUAACAUGAUACUGUGUUCUAUGUUUUUGGGAAUUGUUACGCUAUGAUCAGAUUAUUUUUCUAAAUACAGAAGAUAGAAGAAACAUGUAGGGUAUUAAAGGUACAGGUAUGUAAUUGUUUCUAUGUUAUGUAGAAUUUAACCUAUCUCAGUAUUAUUAUGUCAAGCCUUGUUUGUCUGCUCAUAUAAACCGAUUGCAUUUAGGAAUUAUGUUUACAUGGUUGAGGACAAAAUAAAAAGCACCUUG